CAGUAUCUCCACCUACUCAGCUUCCUUUAUUGUUUUGAUUGCUCCCUCUGUUAGAGCAAGCAAAGUUGGUGUGGGUGUGUCGCGUCUCCUAAUAUCGGCUCCUGUAAUGAGACGAGACAUUUGAACUAAACUUUCAAGCAUGUUGAAAGCUGAAGCUGCAGGUCCUGAAGGGAUGGCAAAGCCAGCUGACUUCUCUGUUUUCAGCGUUCUGGUGACAGGAUCCAAUCGGGGGAUCGGUCUGGGUCUGGUGAAGAGGUUCCUGGAGUUGCCCCGUCCACCCAAAUGGGUCUUUGCUACAAGCCGUGAUAUGAAGGGGGAGAAAAGCAAGGAGAUAAGGGAGUUGUCAUGCAAGCAUCCAAAUCUGGUGGUGUUGCAGUUAGAUGUCACUAAUCUCGAGAGCAUCCAGGCAGCUCUGAAGGAAGUGCGAAAGUGUGUUGGAGAAUGUGGGCUGGCCCUCCUCAUCAACAAUGCUGGCAUUUGGGUCUACAGUGAUUUGGAAACAGAAAAUGCCAAGGAUAUGAUGAGAGUUUACUCUGUUAAUACCAUCGGUCCGCUGCAAAUAAGUCAGGCAUUCCUACCCCUGCUGAAGAAGGCAGUCCAGAGAAGCCCAUGUCAAGGGCUGAGCACCAGCAAGGCAGCUAUUAUUAAUAUAUCCAGCAACGCAGCAUCAAUGAAACUUAUGCCUUAUUGGAAUGUAGGACCUUCAGUUGCAUAUCGAUGUAGUAAGGCUGCUUUAAACAUGCUCACCAAGUGCCAGUCCCUUGACUCUUCAGCCAAUGGGAUUAUGAGCGUCUCCAUGCAUCCUGGCUCAGUUGAAACAUCUCCCAACCCAGCUGUAAGUUUGUUCUCCUUGGAAGAGAAAUCAGCGUGGAAGAGAGCACCCGAGGCAUCGUGACUGUGUUGUCCAAACUUUCUGAAG